AAGGCGCACCGCAGCACAGCGCAGCCGCAGUCACCCGCCGCACACGCCGCGACGCGCACACCAAAAUGAGCGACCUUAAGCAAUUCACCAGAAAGGAGAUUUCAACUCGAAACACCAAAGAUGACGCGGUGACAAUAAUCGACAACCUAGUGUACGACCUCACGCCGUUCUUAGACGACCACCCCGGCGGCCACGAGGUGCUGCUGAACGUGGUCGGAAAAGAAGCUAGCGAGGAUUUCGAAGACGUCGGCCACAGCAUCGACGCCAAGGAGCUCAUGAAGAAGUACGUCAUCGGCCAGAUCGUUCCGGAGGAGAGGAUCGAGGUCAAAAAGAAGACUUUCACUUGGGACGACAAAAGCAGCCCCGCCAGCUCCAGCGCCGCAACCGAGAAUAGCAGUUUCAUCAAUUCGUGGAAGUUCCCUGUGCUGCUGGGCCUCGUCAUGACCCUCAUGUACACCUACUUGUUCGGGUAAACAUUGCGCUGGCUUUGUUACCAAAGAACUAUUACAAGAUAUUAGCGUCCGGAGUGUGUCGUUAACUUAUAAGUGUUUAGAGUUGUGAAGUGUCGAAGUGCUGUCAUUUUUCGAAGCGCGGUUCUUCUGGAAAUUAUCCUCGGGUUAUGUGCUUUACUGAUAUAGUUAA